CAGAUUCCAGAAGAAUCCGGAACAGUAGAAGGACUGAUGCUGAUCGUUUAAUCGAAAGUAAAAAUGUCCACAGUGGAGUUUCUGAUAAACUUUGUCAACGAGCGGCUGUCUGCCGCCGUGGAUGAAAUUUUCACGGUGUUUGAAAACACGAUCGUCAAAUACGAGCAGGACAUCGAGCGGCAGCGCAGGUUGCUGGAGAGCUUCUGGAAGCCGGAGAUCAAGCUCCACAGGAUCGACCACCCACAGCUCCACAUCACUGCAGCAGAGAAGGUUCCUCCUAAAAAGCGUCUCUGUAACCAGGAGAGGAACUGCAGCCUGAACCCGGAGGAACCAGGGCCUCCUCAUGUUAAACAGAAACAUAAGAAACUGUUGUCCAGUCAGGAAGAACCAAAGCGUCCACAGAUUAAAGAACAGCACAAACUCAGGAGAGAGGGAGUGCAGUCGGCACUGAAGCAUCACACCGAGAGCUUUAUGGUGACUCCUGUUUAUGAGGAAUGUAGGGAACAGGAACCAAACGACAGCCAGAUCCUCUUUCACAACUCCCCAAACUGGAGUCCGGUAGGAAGGAAGCAUGUGAGGUCAGGAUCGGCCGCAAACAUGGACGUGAAACAAAGAAAGAAGCGCAGAAGAAAGAAAAGUGACAGAAACUGUGUAGAAAACUCUCACACAUCCAAGAGUCAGCAUAAAAAAGUCUGUAAAAUGUGAAGUGGGAAAAAAAAAAAAAA